CUUCCUUAUGUCUCUUUCCCCUUGUGAGCAGUCAGUCAGUCAAGUGUUAUUAUUAUUAUUUAUUAUUUUGUUAUAACUCUUUAUUAUAUAUAUUAAUUGUUGUUAUUAUUUCUGUAGUGUGGUUGUGAUGUGCUUGUAUGCUGUAAAGACGUCUUUAUUCAUCCGUACACACGAUCAGCUGUUUCAACAUUUAGGACCUCGCUCCAACAUCACUUCCCUGCAUAUCAGGUCUCCUUCUCAGCCGUGUAAUUCUUGUCAGGAAUGCGCCCAGUGGCCUGAGUUCGGAUCAACGAAUUAGUGACGUGUUCGUUUCAACAGAUGGAGUUCGAUUGGUCUUGUGUCUGACCUGCACAGGAAUGCAUCGGGCAGUUUUUUUCGACAUUCGGAUAAAUCCAGUCUGGACUCCUGCAACCGCAACAGAUCUGCAUUAGACUGAACAAAAAGUCAGAGAAGAAGAUCAUCGGUCCUGACUCAAACUGGUCCUCAAUGGACCAGUGAAAUCUUUUCCACCCUGCCGCUUAAAAGCAAUGUUUUUGGGAGCUGGACGCCGUCGCGCUGUCAGCAGAGUGUGUGUGGGGCCCCUCCUCUUCCUCUUUCCCAGCACCCCUCCUGACAUGGGAUGCCAGCCUCCUUCCUCCCUGCCCUGAGCUCUGCUGGGGCGCCAUGAACAGCUACAGAGACAGAGGGGUCACUUGCACCUCCUCCGACCUCCUAGAUGGAGGUGGAGGAGGUGGAGGAGGAGGGUUUCUCCAGCACACUCCAUUUCAUCACACCCCUAAUGGCCACCCGGCUCUUGGCCUCACAGACACGGUCAUCCAGCCGCGCCUCUCCGUGCCCAAAAUGGGCGUUAGGGCGCGGAUCGCAGAAUGGCCCCCGCGCCGCACGCAGUCCAGGGAGUCGCUGCUGGAAAACGGGCAGACGGGCCUCGUUCACCACGGAGAGGACUGCUCCGCGUCAAUGUCGUCUUCGCUUUUGUCAUCCGACAUCGGUUUGAUGCGGGGAGGAGUUAACAGGUUGCCGCGGCGACGGUCCAAGGAUGUAGAGUUCAGGGGAGGAGGGUUUGGCUUCGAAAGAAGUUGCCCCUUCAGCCUGAGAGUGUUCCCUCCACUGAGACAGCGCUCCAACAGCGAGGUGACCCUGAGCGAACAGGACGAAAACGAGGUGGAGGUUCGUGGCGGAUGCGGAAUGGGUAACCUGUUAAGAGAGUAUGGCAGCACCUCCUCCAUUGACAUUCAGGGCAUUCCUGAGCAGAGUUUCUUUGACAUGCUCAGCCAGUUCCACCAGGAGAGGCCUGACCAGCGCAGCUCGGCACCCAUACGCCUCGGGGAGCUGCUGCGCGCUCCAGACUCGCCACCGAGCGCACCUUUACCCUCCGCUCCCUCGCCUGGUCCUUCGAGUGGGGACGACAGGGGGACGGGGCGGAAGGACGGAGCUGAGCGAGUGAGGAAGAAGAGUGGAGGGACGGAGUUGUCGCUGGGCACCUCCUCUUUGUUCAGGAAGCUUAAAAGCUCGAGUCGCGGCGAGCUGGAUGGAGGGAAAGGUGAGAGUAGCGAGGAUGGGGGCGGCCGGGGUUUGCCAGACGCCGCCUACAAACCGUGGGUGUGCCCCAAGAGCUUUGUCCACUUCGAUGCCCAGAGUAUCCUAUUUGACCUCCACGAGGCGAUGGCCCAGCGGGGCUACGCUGCCCAGAGGAGGAACACCGCCACGGGGGCGUCGGCGGCAUCCGUGUCCCUGUCCGUCUCCAGAUCCUCAGCUCAGACUGUGAACGACCCGGUUUACUCCAGCAUCGAGGAUCUGACCCUGAGCCAUGACCCCAGCGCCAUGACACCUUCCCUGGGUAUGGACCCACUGGACGGGCUUCCUGGAGCCCACAGCUCGAGCCCACUGCUCCUCUGCUGCCCCCACUUCCUCAAUGAGACCGGAGGCCACGGGGAGCGCAACAUCAGCUUCCUCAGCUCGUCAGCGGAGCGGGACGGAGGAGGAGACGGAGCGAGGGGUUUGCUGAGGAGGAGUAAUGCCAGCGUCUCAGUGCUCGAGGUGCCGAUCGAACAGCAGGUCACCAGACUGGACCGACUGAAGCUGUACGGCAUCGAGCACGUGGACCUGGGGGCCAGGUACUACAGGGACUACUUCCACGGGAAAGAGCACGCAAACUACUUCGGGGCAGACGAUAAGAUGGGCGCCGUGGCCGUGAGCAUCCGCAGGGAGAAGCUAGAAGACACCAAAGACCUGAAAGACCAGUACCAGUACCGCCUCAUCGUCAGAACAAGCGAGCUUGUGACCCUGCGAGGCUCCAUCUUAGAGGACGCGGUGGCGUCGACGGGGAGGCACGGCACCGUGCGGGGGCUGCCGCUCAAGGAGGUCCUGGAGCAGGUCGUCCCUGAGCUCAGCGUCUCCUGUUUGAGGCUGGCGCUCAGCACCCCCAAAGUCACCGAGCAGCUCCUCAAGCUGGACGAACAGGGGUUGAGUCAGAAGCACAAGGUGGGUGUUCUGCUGUGCCGUGCGGGCCAGAGCACAGAGGAGGAGAUGUACAACAACGAGGAGGCGUCGCCCGCCUUCUCUGCCUUCCUGGAGCUGCUGGGGGAGCAGGUCCUCCUCAAAGGAUUCACCAAAUACGCUGCACAGCUCGACACAAAGACGGACUCUACGGGCACCCACUCCCUGUACACGACCUACCAGGGCUACGAGGUCAUGUUCCACGUGUCCACCAUGCUGCCGUACAUGCCCAACAACCCGCAGCAGCUCCUGAGAAAGCGGCACAUAGGGAACGAUAUCGUCACUAUAAUCUUUCAAGAGCCGGGAGCAAUGGCUUUCACCCCGCAGAAUAUCCGCUCACACUUCCAGCAUGUGUUUGUUAUCGUCCGUGUGCACAACCCCUGCUCUGAAGGCACUUGUUACAGUGUUGCCGUGACGAGAAUGAAGGACGUGCCUCCUUUCGGCCCACCCAUCCCCAGCGGCGUCACCUUCCGUGACCCGGAAACCUUUCGCAACUUCCUUCUCGCCAAAGUGAUCAAUGCAGAAACUGCGGCGCACAAGUCCGAGAAGUUCCACACCAUGGCGACGCGAACGCGCCAGGAGUACCUGCGUGACCUGGCGGAGAAUUACGUCAGCGGCACGCCGCUGGACUCGGCCGGCAAGCUGAACAACCUCAUCUCCCUCGCGUCUAAAAAACGCGAACGCUCCAAGGCGAGAGAGGGAGCCGAGCUGGGAGCCGCGGGGGCCAUCGCCUGGAGGGUCCAGGCCCAGGACUUCAGUGGCGGGGGAACGGAGCUGCCCUGUGCCUUGGGCUUGUCGGCCGAAUACGUCCUCCUCACCGACUGCUCCACCAAGGAGGUGGUGUUCAACUGCUUCUGCGCGGACGUGAUCGGCUGGACGCCGGAGCCGUCGACGCUGAAGAUCUUCUACGGCAGAGGGGACCACAUCGCCGUGCGGGUACCAGACGGCUUCGCCCAGGACAUCAGGGAGGUGGUGCAGAGGUUAAAGUCAUUGACAGUGGGAUGUGAGACGGUGGAAAUGACUCUGAGAAGAAACGGACUGGGACAACUGGGCUUCCAUGUUCGCCUGGACGGCACCGUGGCUGAGGUGGAGGAAUACGGCUUUGCGUGGCAGGCCGGACUCCGACAGGGCAGUCGGCUGGUGGAGAUCUGCAAGGUGGCCGCGGUGACGCUGACUCACGAGCAGAUGAUCGACCUGCUGAGGACGUCGGUGACGGUCAAAGUGAUCAUCAUCCCUCCGUACGAAGAGGGGGGGCCUCGCAGGGGCUGCACAGAGGAGUAUGAGAUGAAGACCAUGGAGCAGAAGCCAGAACCUGAGCCUCUGGCUGCCGGCUACCGACCCUCCCCUCGCUCGACGUGGCGAUGGGACAGCCCGCCCGUUCCUCCAGGGCUCCAGUGUGUCCCCAACCAACAGCGUUGGGCCCUCAUGGGUCCCCCACCUCCUGCACUGCCCCGCUCACACAAGAUCCUGACGUCUGUUCCCUACAGGGAGCCCCAACACCUCACCUCUAAAAGGCCGGUGAGCUACCCAGAGAACCACUACAGUCUGUCUCCUGCAGGAGGCGACAGAGCGCUGGCCUACAGAAACCCCUCUGCCAGCUUCUCCUCACCCUCCUCAGGCCUGGUCGGCCUCUCCACAAUGGGGCCCCCUGGAAUCACACCAGGCCCCUUCGUACGCUACAAACCCUCCCCCGACAGAUAUGGAGCAGGACAGCGCCCCCUGCUGCCCUUUGAGCCCCAUUUCAGUGUGGACGUCACCUCCAGUGGAGAGUCUUCCUCCGGCUUCACCAGUCAGGAGAGCACCAUGGAGCGCUGCAAAACAGAGCCCCUCUGGCAUGUCCCAGUGCCGUCGUCUCGGGGGCCGAGUGGUGGAGGGGGGCAGAGGAGAGUCACCAGACAGGAUGUCCCGGGGAAGGACUCCCCAAACAGACACUCAAAGGGCGAGACUCAGUACUCCAGCCACUCCAGCAGUAACACCCUGUCCAGUAACGCCUCCAGCGGCCACAGCGACGAGCGCUGGUUCGACGGCGUCGCCGGAGGGGAGCGGGGCAGCGGGGGUUGCCUCGGCGACCCAGUGGACCCUGACCCCGACCUCAACAAGGGGGGAUCGAACGACAGUGGCAUUGACGCCUCGACCCACUACAACAACAACAAUCGCCAGGGAAACGUGCCCAACAGCCAGUCCCACAAGCCCGGGCACAGCUUCGUGACCUACAGCGGCGUCCAGGAGCUGCCCGUGGGGCGGGGCGGCGGAGAGCCGAGGAGACGAGAGUCCUCGCCCAUCAUAGCACCCUCGGCCAAUCGGAACAAAGGGUUCCGCACCAAGACGUUCCCGCCUCCCGGCUCGAGCGCGGAUAAAAUGGAUGCUUUCAAGCCGAGGGCCUACACGCCGCAGGGCUACAAGACUCCCACAGCUGAGAAAGGCCGACAUGUCCGAAUCGCUACCAAAACGCCCACGUCGGCUCAUUUAGGCUCCACCCCUCUGUCCAGCUCCGCCCCCAAGGCCUUUUAUGGGAAGAGCCGACAAACCGCCUGGCAGAACGAGGACAGCGCUCCGUCACCUUCAACCGUAACCACGACGACGUCCAGCUCUGACAGCAGCAAGAGCAAAAAGCAGGUGGAGACCAACUCAAAGAACGUGUUUGGACAGCCUCGUCUCCGAGCCUCACUGAGGGAUCUGCGUUCUCCGAGACGGACCUACAAAAGCACCAUAGAAGACGACCUGAAGAAACUGAUCAUCAUGGACAACCCGGGAGAGACGCCACAGAGGGAUCCAUCUCCCAGGCGAACCCUGCAGCGCACCUUCUCAGACGAGUCGCUGUGCAGCGGGCGCCGAGAGGCCGGCUUCGCCAACUCUGAGAACCCGACGACGCCCACCGACGUCCUGUUCACCUGCACGCUGCCCACGCGGAAAAACUCCGUCGCCCUCAACCACAUGCAGAGCAAGAAGGUGCCGCUGUCCGCCUCCGAGCUGUCCCUCACAGAGGUGAGAGACAAAGUCCCCCCUCUGAGGAGGCUGGACCUCGGGCUGAUGCCUCUUCCGGACACCGCCUGUGGGCUGGAGUGGUCCAGCCUGGUCAACGCUGCUCAAGCCUUCGAAGGUGAGGGUGGAGACACCUCGGGAUUAGCGCAAAGAGCAGUUUCCCUCUUCUCGCUGACGGAGCCACAGGGUGGAGGUCCAGACAUGAGACCAGUCGUCAGUCCAGUCCAGUUUCAGACUCCUCAGACACCACGGACCACACCGACCUUCAUCGGCGACGAGGCGCCCAACGAGUUCUCCGGUCGGCUCUUCCACCUGGAAGUGAUGCUGAAGCAGCUGAACAACGACCUGGAGAGAGAGAAGAAGGACAAAGUGGUUCUGAUGGCCGAGAUGGCCCACCUGAGACAGAACAACCAGCGCCUGCAGGUGGAGAGCCACACGGCCAGCGAGCAGCUGCGCAAGUUCAGCACUCUGUUAACUAACGAUGCGACGGAGAGCGAGCGCGAGGCGAGCGCCCUCCUCGCUCACGACGAAGCGGACCCGCGGAGGGAGUGACACCGGCAGCGGGAGAGAGUCACGCCACAGAGGACCCAUGAUUCCUUGCAGAGGUCACGAUGAUGUCACCUCAUUCAGCUUCCACUGGCCUGAACCUGGAGCAGAGACCCCUCCCCCUCUCAUCGCUGAGCCUGUUUAUUUUUAUAGACUGAAGUCAAAAAGUCUUAUAUACUUGUUAUAUAUAUAUAUAUAUGUAUGUGUAUAUAUAAUAUAUAUAUAUAGAUAAACACAUAUGCUCCUAUGCCAGAGGAGCGAGUAGGAGAGGAAGACUAUCUCACCUGGAGAGGCCUAAUACUGUUCCUGCAGCGAAACAGCCAAAAAUAAAAAGACUCAUUACAGACUGCAUCUCCCAGAAUGCACUAGAAGUAAUGGAAGCUCUACAGACGUGGUGCUGUAGUUGGAUGCCUCUGUGAUACAUUGUCAUGUAUCAAAAUGACCUAAAUUGUACUGAUAUUGUUGUACUAAAGAGGUGUGUGUGUGUGUGUGUGUGUGUGUGUGUGUGUGCAUGUGUGGCUGAUGGUACUCGAAAACAUUGUGGCACGGCAGUGUUUGUGCUCAAGGCAAAAUGCAUUUUAUUACUCUUUGCUGUGUGUGUGUGUGUGUGUGUGUGUGUGUGUGUGUGUGUGUGUGUGUGUGUGUGUGUGUGUGUGUGUGUGAAUGUGAUGGUCUGUUAUCGGAUGUUUUGAGUGAUGAACAAACCAGUUUACUGUAAUAUGAACACUUGUGGGUCACCAUCUUCUUCCUCCUCCUCCUCCGUUUCCAUGGAUGAACCUGUGGCCCUGUCGAUGUGAAGCCAUCAGUGGAGCGAUGUGGGCGUCGCCAUGCAGCUCCUGAUAUUAAUAGUAUCGUAUCUCUCAUGCAGUGCAUUACAUUUUCACUGUUUUCAGCAGUGCCGCAUCAUCUCAGAUCUAAAUGUACUGGAUAAUAGUUUUGAACAUUGAGUGGUUAUCCCAGUGCUUCACUUCUCUUUUUAUAUAUUCAAAGACUUCCCGUUAAACACACUAAGUAGAAACGGUUAUGAGCUCCACCUGAAGGCUGGAAACGGGGAAACGGCGAGCCACAAAGUCCAGCAGCUCGACAUGAACAUCUCCAAUGUGUUCGUCCCAAAUAAAGUCUGGGUUUUAAAAAAGGAACAUCCGUUGUUUUAGGGACUAUUUUUUGGAGAGCAGGACCUCGCAGGUCGUUGGUCGGUUCGGCUCUUCCAUCAAAUUCUGUGCUCUGAUUGGCAAUUUCAGCUCGCCUCUGAAAAUCCUUUCUUCUAAAUCUUUUUUGUGUGUAUCGCACUUCAUCACAUUCUUGAUUUGAUAUCCGUUACCAAACAUAGUGCCCCUAAAAACGUCACGUGUCAAACCACUCUUCAUCUUCGUCAUCUUUGCAUCCUGAUGGACAUGAAGCUGUGUGUGUGUGUGUGUGUGUGUGCUUCUAGAGAACAUGUUCUGGACACGGAGCUCCCUCGUGUGUGUGAGAGAGGGUUGGCCCCAAAUCACCCAAAUGAACCCAAGACACUAUUUAUACUGCUAGCUUGCGUCAUGAUAUUGUCUUUCUAUAUCUAUUUUUCAUACAGAAAUAAUGAGUGUUUUUUUGAAAGUCGGUACUGAACAAUGACGCCCGCUGCAGAGGAAGACUCUUCACUCUUCAUCUUCCCGUCCGGCGCCGGAGUCUCCGCCCUGCCAGACAGAUCCUUCUCUCCCCCCCCCCCCCCCCUCUCAGGUUCCUCAACAUGCUGUUGGAUGACUUUCAACCAUCAGUUAGGAGUGGGCGGUGUAAAUUAAAUGCAUACCGCGGACGGUUUAUACUGUUAUAUUCAUCCCUUUAAUAUUUACGGGUGUAUUCAAUCAUUUUAGGCAAAGUUGAAAAUCAUUCCUUUUUUAUGGCAAUGUCGAUUUUGUUUUAAAAGAUUGAAUAUCUCGAUUUGUAGGUGUUUAAUUAGCAGGAUUAGAAAGUGUUUCAAUAGAUUUUCCAUGAAGUCAACUCUAUUGAUAUCUUCAUAUCUCUCAACAGUACUUUUCUUUCCGUGACACCAGAGGAGACACGUGUUGUUCUCUGGUGUCAACUCUCAUCUCCUCCUGCGGUUAUGACUCCGCCCCCUUUGUGGCUGCAGCCCGUUCGUCUGAGUGGCUUUGAUACAGGAACGUUUAUACUGGUUUAGGCUGCUGUUUGGUUCAGUGAUGCUCCUCCUCCUCCUCCUCCUCAUCCUCUUCCCAUGAACACAUUCAAGCUGUCAUGGCUUCAGAUUCUAACAUUUCCUGUUUGGGCAUUUUUAGUUCAGGUGACGCACUCCUUCCUCCUCGUGAGGAAGACCUUCAUUCAUGCAGCUUUGCAGGUGUAGCUGUGGUUUUCGUAUCUGCAAGUCUCUUUUGUUUGCUUAUGUAAAAAGGGGGCACGGUUUAUUUUUUAUAAAGUUUGUUGAUGUUAUGUAUAAUUUUAAGCUAUUUAUAGCACACAACGGUCCCUGUUGAACAAAUCAAGUUUGCAUCAUGGUUAAUGGUAAUAUUGUAAAACUAGGUUGUUUUUUUUAGAUGUUAAAUAUUUUGAUAAUUUAUUUAACACAUUCCCACUGUUGAGAGGUGAGGGUACCGUGUUUAUAUUUGUGUAUGCCGUUUGACUUCUGAUCUCUGUACAAAACUGAUUUGUAUGAUUCCUUGUUUUCUAUUUUCUGGCAUCUUCUCCCGUCGGUGUCGGUUCUCCGGCACCGGGCGCCGGUACGCGAUGCGCAGACGGAACGUUUCGGUUCGACAUUGUUUUUCUUUGGGUUGUAAUAACUUGUACAUUUAAAAAUGUAAAUUAUGUUUUCAAUAUUUUAUAAAAAAUAUAUUAAAAACAA